AUGGCAUCUAAACGCUUGAUUACGCCUUUCUUAUCCUCAAGGAGCAUCAUAUUCGCUCCGCGAGCAACAUCUCGCGUUGCUGUUCGCACCGUCUGCUCACUCUCUCCAAAUCAAAACCAGCCAUGGAGGGUCGCAUGCAAAGCAGAUCUUGUCGCUAGAGCUCUACAUGUCCACCAAUUCUCUUCUGCUAGUGUACGAUGCGAUUCUAGCUCCAACGAGCCGAAAUCCAGCCCUCCCUUCAAGCAGUGGACAUUCGACGAUAUAAGCAACACUCUCACGACACCUACUGCUAUUCCAACUAUCCUUAUCGAUGUCCGCGAACCCAAAGAACUUGUCUCCACCGGCAUUAUCCCCACCUCCCUAUCCAUACCUCUCAGCUUGCAGCCUGAUGCUUUCUUCCUUACACCCGACGAAUUUCUCACUCGCUUCGGCUUCGCAAAGCCAAUGACCGCCUCCAAUAACUCAGAGAAGUCGGUCAAUGCAAAUAUAGUAUUCUACUGUAGAGCUGGAGUUCGGGCACAAACCGCGGCCGACUUUGCGGUUCAGGCGGGCUACCAGAGGGAAAGGGUUGGUGUGUAUAGCGGGUCGUGGUUGGACUGGGAGAAAAAGGGUGGUAAGGUAGAGAAAUGGGAUAAGAAAAACUAG